CGGGCCCGGAGCAACGCGGCCGACUCUCCUGCAACUUGGGCGCGCUCUCGCGCCACUGCGCCCGCGGCCCGAGCGAUGAAGAUGGUCGCGCCCUGGACGCGGUUCUACUCCAACAGCUGCUGCCUGUGCUGCCAUGUCCGCACCGGCACCAUCCUGCUCGGCGUCUGGUACCUGAUCAUCAAUGCUGUGGUACUGUUGAUUCUGUUGAGCGCCCUGGCAGACCCAGAUCAGUAUCACUUUUCAAGUUCUGAACUAGGAGGUGACUUUGAGUUCAUGGACGAUGCCAACAUGUGCAUUGCUAUUGCAAUUUCUCUUCUGAUGAUCCUGAUAUGUGCAAUGGCUACUUACGGAGCAUACAAACAACAUGCUGCCUGGAUCAUCCCGUUCUUCUGUUACCAGAUCUUUGAUUUUGCCCUGAACACCUUGGUUGCUGUCACUGUGCUUAUUUAUCCAAACUCCAUUCAGGAAUACAUACGACAGCUGCCUCCUAAUUUUCCCUACAAAGAAGAUAUCAUGUCAGUGAAUCCUACCUGUUUGGUCCUUAUUAUUCUUCUGUUUAUCAGCAUUAUCUUGACAUUUAAGGGUUACUUGAUAAGCUGUGUUUGGAACUGCUACCGAUACAUCAAUGGCAGGAACUCCUCCGAUGUCCUGGUUUAUGUUACCAGCAACGACACCACGGUGCUCUUACCCCCGUACGAUGAUGGCACAGUGAAUGGCGUUGCCAAGGAGCCGCCGCCACCUUACGUGUCUGCCUAAGCCUGAAGGGGGUGAAGCGGAGAGUCACAACUUGACUUCUCAGACAUUGGAGCAAUAGUUCUUUAAUUUCACUUCUGAGAUGAGCUCUCUGAGCUUAUUUGUUGCUGAAAUGCUACAGUUUUAAAAUUUAGAUGUUAAGUUGAAACCCUCUGUAGUUUUAAACAUAUGCUUUAGCUAGAGCACUGUGAUAGAUUAACCAUAGAAUUCUUUCUGUAGGGGUGGGUGUAGUGGGCUUCCCUCGUCUUCCCUAGGCAUUGAAACGCCCAAAAUAUGGAUGAAUUUUGCACCAGAGGAAUCUGGUUUUAUACCUGCUGGGCCCCAGAGUUGGGGAAUUUGUCACACUUUUUCUCUGUUCCCUCUGUCUCUUUGAAAGUGUAAAAUAAAAUAAAAAUUAGACAGUG